AUGGCCAACACAGCAAGAACAAUCUUUCUUCAUUGCAGAUGGACAAGUUUCUCUGGGCAGUUUCAUGCUGCCUCCAUCAAUAUGAGAUUCAAUCUCACAGAAGAACAGCAUACUUCCUCUUCCCGUCAUGCCAUUCUCGCCUUUAUUGUUCCGUUUGCUCCUAUAUUGCAUCUUGUCCGAAGCAAAGUUGAGAUUUUCCUCUCCAACUUAUGCCAGUAUUGUUCGGCACAGUAUGACGUUGUUUGGUUUCUUGUCAUUGACAUCUCUUGCAUCAACUCUGUUCCCAAACUCGGUUAUGCUGGUUCCAUAUAUGGUGUUCAUCACACUUUCAGUAGCUGGAUUGCUACACUUCUUUUGCUAGACAGUAAUGGGGAGACCGGUAGAAUCAUGCCUUCCAGUUAG